CUAAAAAUAAAAAGAAAGCUCUAAAUUCUGCCACCACUACUUCACUAUGGUAUAUUUUUCUCUCCAUUAAACUAACUUUAGUACUGCUCUGUAUUAGGGCUAGGGUUUUUCAAGGUUUAAUCGCUUGAUUUAUUUAUUUUUUAAGAUCUGCCUUUGCUUUUACUCUUCUCUGAAUGGCGAAGAAAGAAAAGAUGAAAGCAAAGGUGGACGACGAAGAAUUCGAAGAUGAUAUUAAACAGAAAUCUGUAAUUUUAUUGAGUAGUGAUGACGAAGAAGCAAAUGGAGAUUUGACUCUUGAAAUCGUGGAGAAAGCUAGAGUUAGAGAGAAUAAGAGGAAACGAAAUCAGGAUUCUGUUAUUACUCUUUCUUCUUCAUCUUCAGAAGAAGUUUGUAAUGGAGGUGUUGGUGGUGGUGAUGAAAUAGUGACUGAUGUGGUGGUACCUGAGGUGAAGAAGAAGAAAAAGAAGAGAGGCAAAAAGAGGAGAAGGGAUAAAGAAAAGGAGUUAAUGCUGAAUUUUGUGGCUGAAGAUGAGGUGGAAACAGUUGAAACUUCUGGAACACAAACAGUUGCUGUUAAUCAGACUGAAGAAGAUGUAGUGGUGAGAGCUAAACCCAUGGAAGUGGAAGGAAAUGGAACUUUAGAGAUUGAAGAGCUAGCGGAGAAACCUAAGUCCGAACAAGGAGAUGGAGCUGAAGUAGUAAACAAUGUUGUGCUGCGAAAAUUGCUUAGAGGACCAAGAUAUUUCGAUCCUCCAGAGACCAAUUUUAAUAGUACGUGCUAUAAUUGUGGUGAAGAAGGCCAUAUGGCAGUAAACUGUAAAAUGGAGAAGCGUAAGAAACCAUGCUUCGUUUGUGGAAGUGUCGAACAUGGUGCAAAGAAGUGUAAACAGGGACAAGAUUGCUACAUCUGCAAAAAGACAGGCCACCGUGCAAAGAAAUGUCCAGAGAAAGACAAAGUAAUCACCCAGCUUUCCGAAAUGUGCCUGCGAUGCGGAGAUUAUGGGCACAACAUGUUCUCAUGCUUUAACGACUAUGCACCUGAGGAUCUCAAGGAAAUCCAAUGUUACAUAUGCAAAAUGUUUGGGCAUCUUUGUUGUGUUGACUUCAUGGAUACUGGUACAAGAGUAGUUUCUUGUUACAAUUGUGGUCAGUCUGGCCAUACUGGUUUGGGGUGUGCAAAAAGAAGAGGGGAUACAAGUGGUGGUGUGGCUACACCUACUUUAUGCUACAAAUGUGGAGAGGAAGGACAUUUUGCACGAGGAUGCACAACUUAUGCUAAGCCUGAUUGGAGAAGGGGUGAAUUCUCAACCCCUGUUCAACAGUUUAGGAGGGAAGUCAAUGAUUCUUAUGGUGCAAGAUCCUUGCCUCAUGAUAUCUGUAAACCUCGUAAAAAGAAAAAUAUCAUGUAUGAUGGAAGAGAUACUGUGGCUCCAGUAAAAUCGAGACAUAGAGGUGGAUGGAUGGCUGAUGAUCCAAGUGAUACCAUGGUGCCAGUAAAAUCUAGACAUAGAGGUGGUUGGAUACCUGAUGAUUCAGGUGAUACCAUGACACCAAUAAAUGCGAGACAUAGAGGUGGGUGGAUUACUGAUGAUGCAGGCGAUUUCUGUAACAGAAAUUCGAAUGGUUUGAGCUCUCCAUCAACACCAGCCCAAAAUUUCCACAGGGGUUCUUCAUCUUAUAAACAAAAUGGACAUCACUCUAAUACUCGAUCACCUAAGAAGUCUAAGCAUAAUCCUGGAACUCCAACUUUCUAUGGUCAAGCUAAACCUUAUGUUCCUCAUGAAUAUACUGCUUCAAGGUUUGGAAACUCAAACAGUUGGGGAUCAAGGAAAAAUAAUAAUUGGUACUAGCAACCUUUUUUGUUCCUGUGCUCCUUUGAGGUCAUCUGUUGUAACAAUGUAUGUAUGCCCUCACAAUUAGUUCAAGUCUUAAUUUAUUUGUUAUUUAAAUAUCAAAAUAUCCAGAGAGGAAUAACCUUCUCUGAAUACAUUUUUGUUGAGGUUAAUGAAGUUUUAAGGUUUCAUACAA